AUGGCUGAUCAGCUGACCCAAGAACAGAUUACUGAAUUCAAGGAAGCUUUCUCCCUAUUUGAUAAAGAUGGCUAUGGCACCAUCACAACAAAGGAACUUGGAACUGUCAUUAGGUCAUUAGGUCAGAACCCAACAGAAGCCAAUUUGCAGGAUAUGAUCAACAAAGUGGCCGCUGAUGGUAAUGCCACCAUUGACUUCCCAGAAUUUUUGACUAUGAUGGCUAGAAAAAUGAAAGACACGGACAGCAAAAAAGAAAUCCGUGAGGCAUCUUGGGUCCUUGAGAAGGAUGGCAAUGGUUACAUCAGUGCCACAGAACAAUGUCAUGUCAUGACAAACUUAGGAGAAAAACGAACCGAUGAAGAAGUAGAUGAAAUGACCAGAGAAGCAGAUAUUGAUGGAGAUGCACAAGUCAACUACGAAGAAUUCGUACAGAUGAUGACUGAAAAAUGAAGACCUACUUUCAAU